AGAGCCGGAGCUAGGCAGCUCCUUAAGUUCAACUCGUGUAGCCUACCAAGAAAGACCAACUUCUCGUUAAGAUCAGACCGACUCUUCUUUAAGGCUCUUCUUUAAGUUUGAUUUAAACAGAAACAAGAAACAUGUCCAAACGUCUUUCUGUGAUCUUUAUAGGCGUGUGCCUACUUGUGUGUGAGAGCGCUCAGAACUCAAACUCGAAAAAGGUGUUGUUGUCUAAAGACUAUGGUGUGAAGCUGUGCGGCAGAGAGUUCAUCCGAGCUGUAAUCUUCACCUGCGGCGGUUCUCGCUGGAAAAGGGCUCUUGAUUUAGAUUCAAUUUUGAGACGCGACAGUGAUCCUAUUCAGCUGGGCUCCCUCACUGUGGCAUCAGAACAAGCUGGGAUGCUCAACAGGCCACCAUCAACAGAUCUGAUGAGAAUGGCUGAACAAACCAUGCCUCCUUUCUCUGUGUCUUUGUUCUCCUCUCUGGCUGAGUUUCUCAAGUGGGUUGAUGACCAGGAGCAGACUGCUGCCGAUUCCAAUAAACAGCAACUCAGCUACAAGCUACACUUUGAUAGAAAAAAGAGGAACUUUUCUCAUGGCCUUGCAGGAAUAUGUUGCAACCAAGGCUGUACAAAAAAUGAUAUUGGACGCCUUUGCUGAGAAUAUGAAAAGAACUGAAGGCAAGGAUGUGUUGUGAUUGAGUGAGCUUAGUCAGUGGCAUGUAGGCAAACCAACAAUGGAAGAGUAGCCUAUAACCAGGGUAAGAGUGUAUGUGUACCUCAAAACAUCACUGGAAAUCAAGCUGCUCUUUUGUCAACCAUUGCAGACACUCCAGUUUUAUUCUGAAUUAUAAUCUGUAUGCGUGUGCAUUUGCUAUGUUCAUAAAUGAGACCCAUUUUUUCUAUUUUUCCCUAUGAUAAGGAGAGUGUACUGUUAGUUAGAGGAAUUAGAAAUAUGCUACGUUAUGUUAUAAGUUAUGUUGUUCAUUAUGUUUGUAAUGCACUGCAAACCAAAAACCUGAA